CGGGGGGGAUGCGCGUCGUGGCAACGUCGUGGUAGUUAAUUUCAGUGCAAUUUGGCCUGUUUAUGUUUAACUAGGUUACUUUACUGGUUAGUUCUGGUAAAUUGAUAUUAUAUCAUCGAAUCGGUUGGUGUUUCUUGCGAUGAGCUGGACGUCUUAGCCUCGAAAAGAGGGGUCCCGCUGCAAUGCCUGUGCGCAAGUGUCGCGGCGGCGGCGGCGGCGGCGGCCCUCCGUCCCCGGCGCGGCGCGCCGCCGCCGGCCACCGGCUGCCGGCGCCGCUGCCGGCCGGCCUCACACUGACGGACGUGUCGCAGCAGCGCUGGCGGCUCGGCCGCUCCAUCGGCUCCGGCGGCUUCGGCGAGAUCUACUCGGCGGCGCGCGACUCGUCCGCAGAGGCCAGCCACGCCAUCAAGGUGGAGCCGCAUUGGAGCGGGCCGCUCUUCUCCGAGAUGCACUGCUACCACCGGGUGGGCCGCGCCGACACGAUCGCCGCCUGGCAGCGCGCGCGCCGGCUCCGGCGGCUGGGCAUGCCGCGCUUCGUCGGCAGCGGCUCGGUGGAGCACGCCGGCGAGCGGUACCGGUUCAUGGUGAUGGACCGGUUCGGCUCGGACCUGCAGCGCCUGCUGGACCGGCACGGCGGCCGCUUCCCGUUCGGCACCGCGCUCACCAUCGGACUCCAGGUGCUGGACACAUUAGAGUAUAUCCACAGUCGGGAGUAUAUCCAUGCCGAUAUUAAAGCUCAGAACCUCCUACUUGGCUACAAAAGAGGCACCGAAAACCAGGUCUACCUUGUGGACUUUGGCCUGGCGUGUCGUUACUCCCUGAACGGCCGCCACAAGCCGUACGGCUCCGACCUGCGCAAGGCGCACGACGGCACCAUCGAGUUCACCAGCCGGGACGCGCACAUCGGGGCGCACUCUCGGCGCGGCGACCUGGAGAUCCUGGGCUACAACCUGCUCCAAUGGACGGCCGGCCGGCUGCCCUGGCAGCACCUGCUGCAUGACGCCGACCUGGUGGCUGCCGAGAAGAACCGCCACAUGCGCCACAUACCUGGCCUCGUGUACGCCUGCUACGGCGACUCGCCGCCGCCAGAGGCCGAGGUGCUGGCGCAGUACAUGCAGAUGGUCUCGGUGCUGGGGUUCGACACGGCGCCCGACUACGACGCGCUGCGGGACGUUCUGAGGGCCGGCGCCGGCCCGUCGGGCGCCGGUUGUGCCCGCCUCGAGUUCUCCUGCGCUGCCGCUGCCGCCGCCGCCGCCAAAGCGGCCGCCGCCACUGCCAGCCGCCGCCGCCCGCGCUCACGCUCAACGGGCCGCCGCCAGCUGCCGGCCGCCAAACGGCGCCGCACCGGCCCGGCCAGCCGCGCCAGCAGCGGCAGCGGUCAGGAGAACAGUCUGGGUCGCGCGCAGCGGCGGCCGGGCGGGCGGCGCGGCCGGCCCCCGCUCCGACUGGUCACCGACAAUGGCGGCCCGCCACCGCCGCCGCCCCCUCCUCCGCCGCCACCCGACGAGUCGCCGGUGACGACGCCCUCGCUGCGCUCCGACGGCAAACUGCGUGAUUUCGACUGGCAGCACUUCAACAAAAUGGUGGAGGAGGCGGGCCGUCGCCGCACCGCCGCCCAGCGGCCGGUGGAUGAGGGUGACGGUGCCGGCGGCGACACCUCCCCGGAGCCGGCACCCAUCGUCUACGAGAGCCUGACGCCGGCCAUGCGAGAGGUGCUGGCCAAGCGGCAGCAGCGCUCCCCGGAGAAGGGCGGCAGGAAACGCAGUAGAACGGUCAGUCAGAGCUGCCCGGAGUGGACGGGCGUCGGCUCCCCAGUGACGCCCGCCAUGGCCGCUGUGAUGCUCAUCCGCGCCCGCCGGCUGGCGGCGGCGGCCCAGGAGUCGGCCGCCGCGCGCCGGCUCGGCAAGGCGUCCGGUGGCCGCCAGCGCCGCGUGGCCAGUCUGCUGUGCACGCCCGAGCCGCGGCCGACGCUGCGCGCCAGCCGCCGGCUGCGGGCGCUCCAGUGCAGCCCGCGGGCGGUCUGAGCGGCGACGGACGGCGGCGCAGAGUCCAGAGAUUACAGAGGUUUAUCGACUGGCGCCGACAGACAGUGCGGCCGAGCUGGCCGUGCGCGGUGGCGGUCCCUCUUGUGUUACAACGCGUCGACGAAGUGUCUAUCCGUGAUUUAAUUGUGCGACUCAUCAAAUGUGUCCGGAAUCGACGCAGUAUCUGCGCGGAUAGCGGUGCGCUCCGUGCUGCUGCGAUGAGCCGAGGUGUGCGCUGGGCGGUGCAGCGCUUCUGGUCGACGGAGGACCAGCCGCGAGCUGGCGAGAGUCGCGCCACCGCUGGCGUCACAGUCAAAACAGAAUGGGGUUGGUGUGUGCAAUUUAUGUUGGGGCGGCCGCCAUUUCAGUGAGUGGCAUCGAACGAAAUCAUGAACUUACGGCUCAGGAGCUGGUGAUUGACUUAUUUCCGGCAUGUGGCUGCGCUCGUGCGCCAGUGCCGGCCCAUGCCGCAGCCGGAGGAGGCGACUGCCGGUCAGCUCCUCCGUCGCGGCGCGCGGUUUAUCGGUUCGUUAUAACCGGCGUAAUUCCCCGGUUGUUUAUUUUUUCAAUGGUGCACGUGCGGCCAGAGUGAAUCGUGGAGAGCUCCAGAGUUUUCCGGGAGUGCGGAUAUCCUUCCACUCUCUUCUGUUCUGUGAUAGUUUAUUUCAUAGUUGUGUAUAAUAAACUUUACUCAAAUAAAA